AUCGAAGACUUACCAUACUCAUCCUAUACCAUAUUGGCAUCUCCUGCCAAAGCCCCAUGUCUGCUGACUACCCAGACGACGACAAACGCCGGAAGAUACAGCUCAAGGUCGUCUUCCAAGGUCGCACAUUGUACUUUUCUACGAAGCGCACCAGUAGUUUGAGAAGACUAAUUGAUGCAGCAGCUGAUCGACUGGGAAUCGACCGAGACGCUGUUAGGUUUCAAUACAAUGGAAUAACGCUCCGAGGUGAUGAGCGGGAGACUCCACAGGAGCUGGACAUGGAGGAGGAUGAUGAGAUCGACGUGCAUAUCGAGCAGAUAGGAGGGUAUGGACCUUGUGAUAACAUUGACGCCCGCCGCGCUAACGCAGCGACUGGGCUGCUACAUUAAAGUAGAUGGUGUCAAGUUUAAACAGCCUGCAUUCGCGUCUCUGAAGCCAUGUAUCAUAUAAUAUAACC